CUGGGCUCAUCACUACUUCUCUGAAGAAGAAAGCUGAGACUCGUCAACAAUGGCCAGGACCAAGCAGACCGCCCGUAAAUCCACCGGAGGAAAAGCUCCCAGGAAGCAGCUGGCCACCAAGGCCGCCCGUAAGAGCGCCCCGGCCACCGGCGGAGUGAAGAAGCCCCACCGCUACAGGCCCGGUACCGUGGCUCUCCGAGAGAUCCGCCGCUACCAGAAGUCCACCGAGCUGCUCAUCCGCAAGCUGCCCUUCCAGCGCCUGGUGAGGGAGAUCGCUCAGGACUUCAAGACCGACCUGCGCUUCCAGAGCUCCGCCGUCAUGGCUCUGCAGGAGGCCAGCGAGGCUUACCUGGUCGGACUCUUCGAGGACACCAACCUGUGCGCCAUCCACGCCAAGAGGGUCACCAUCAUGCCCAAAGACAUACAGCUGGCCCGACGCAUCCGCGGAGAGAGGGCUUAAACUCACACACCCACACCUGGAAACAACACAACGGCUCUUUUAAGAGCCACCUACCUCAUCCAAGAGCUGCAUCCUGCCUGCAAACACCACACAGACAAGCAGCCACGUUAACGCUCAGCUGCUCAUGGAAAUACAGGCACAUAUAAAACGGAGUUAAAUUA